AUGUCAGAAACAUGUCAGAAAGUUCAGCUGGCGAAGCAGCUCCGAGGCGAACCCAGGGGCAGGUAUCUGCUGCAGCUUCUGGGCCGUGUGGCGGAGCGUGCGGCAGAUCUCUGUGGCCGCGCGCGCGUCAUCGUUUCUGACGAAAACCUACGCGACUGGGAUGUCGAAAUUCGGCUUCCGGUCGAGAGUCGCUUGGGGAGGCAGCUGGCCGACCGUAAGACACGGACCCAAGCCCAAGACUUUGUGCUUAUGAGGCUUCACUUCCCAGGCACGUUUCCUGCGCAUCCGCCAGUCCUGUGCUGCAUUCGGCCCCGCCUGACGCUCACUGCGGCGAGCAAGGUCCCGCUAACAGACACUGGCAUCCUGCGAUUGCCAGAGCUGUCAACAAUGCAUUGGCGGCCUGAACAGGACAUAGUCGAUGUUGUUCUCCAAGUUUGCACAUUUCUUUCAUCCGAUGGGCUUCUGCUGGACCCAUCGGAGAGGUCAUAUUCUUCGCCACCUGGAAAUGUGGGACUCGGAACAACCAUCAAGCUACCUACAGUUUCGCGGUGCAUGGAGUUUUUCCCAGCUUCAAAUCUGGAUCUUGCUGCAGAUUUUGUUCCUGAACUUGCCGACGUUCCACCUGGUAGAGUGGUGUUGUCCCAACGGUAUGCUCUAGACAUUUACAAUCGCAUUUUCGGAACUGAGCAACAAAGCACGGCGGCUUUCCAUGUGGAAAUCAAGAACUGCCGUAAAGAGAUCCGAGCAUUUGCUGGAAUGUCAGAGGUGUCUGCACUAGAAGAGCCCGUUGUACUUUUACCCUCGUGUAUGAUGCAGCAGCUCUUCCUGGAGGAUGGCGACCCGGUGCGGGUCCGUGCAGUGACUCUUCCCCUUUGUGGGUGCGUCCACUUGCAGCCUAAGAGCCAUGAUUUUUACGAAGUAGUUGGUGCUGAGCCAGAGCUUGUGUUACAGGAGUCACUAGCGCGUCUUCCAGCUUUGACAUCGGGGUUGUCCAUCCAGGUGGAGGUGGCCAUUGCCAACAACUUUCAAAUUGGGCUGCGAAGGGUGGGUGUUGUCGUUGCUCGGUUGGAGGAUCUCUCAGGCAAUGACGUGUUGGCUGCCAAGCUUCCGGGUCAUGCUGGAGUGCUCGGGGACCACGAGGUCCGUGUGGAGCUCCUUCCGGCCGCAGACCUGGCCGAAAGCGAAAAAGAGCAUGAAGCGAGGCUUCGCGCAGAAUCUCAGCGCCAAGCGAAGAUUCAGCAAAUGCUGGAGGAGAAACAUGCUCGACUCAAAGUCCAUCGCGGGGAUAUGGCACAAAGUGGUCAUUUAGACGAGGCGCAUAGUGAACCCAGCUCAACAGUUGAGCUUUGCUUCCGUCUUCCAAACGGAAGGCAGCUGCGACACCGAUGCCCCAGUGACAGAACUGUAUCAAACUUGAAACGUCGCCUCUUCGGCUUGCUUGCAGACUCUGAUUUGUGGAAGCCAUGUGUGGACGACGCAGCAGCUUUGGAAUUGGCGAUAUUUCCGCGGAGAGUGCUCGGCGAUGCGGAGAUGGUGUCGCAGAUAGGCGACCGGGCAGUCGUUCAUGUUACAGAAAGCCUUGAGGCAGUGCAAGCGGCAGAGCACUCCAAAGCGGUGUUGGAUUCUGUUGUGUACCCAGCAGGAUUGGAAGAAGCAAUUACGUCUGCAACGCAUGAUGUUGACCUAAACAAGGUCGUAGCUAUCGAUCAAAGCACUUCCACCGCGGACCGUUCUGCGCAGAGAGCGGCGGUCCACGACGAGGGCUUGGAGACCCUGCCCUUUGCAGAGCUUCGCGCAUUGGCAUUGAGUUUGGGGCUGCUUGCUGCAGACAUUGCACGUGCUGUUGACAAGGCGGAGCUGCUGGAACUCGUUACACGGCACCAACGCCGAGCAGCGCGGCAUGCCAGGGUCAGAAUCCGUGAGAAUACAGAGAGGUCCUCAAACGUCCCCGAGCGCAGAGCCUCCUCUCUGUCUGCUCGUGGCUCCCAACCGCUGCCCCAUCCGGGUCCGGCAGGUCCGGGUCCUGGCCGUAACAGCAGAAGCAGCCAGAGCCAGUCUGUUGGAGCACGUGAUCGACGCCUCGACUCUGCCACGCCCAUCAGCCAAGCGGAUGGGCCGCGUGGCAUGCGUGGCAGUACGUCUUCAGCUCGGUUCCCUCGGCCUCCACGGGGAAAUGCACUGGGCCCAGAGCCACGGGCAGGUGUUGCUGGUUUACCUUUGGCUCCAAGAUCAGCAACUCGCAGCCCGCCAGGUCACCCCGAACGAGAUGACGCUCCUGGCAGCACAUCGCGGAAUCCGAGGCUCCACGCGCCACGUCCACGCGAGCCCCUGCGAUGCGCCGGUCAGUUGAUGCUCGGGCCAGCUGGGAUGGUCGGAAACAACCGGACAGAGCAGCAAAGGCCCGAACAGAGACACGGUGACCCAAUUUCUCCACGUCCAAAGCGGCGUGCUCAGCAAUAA